CACCCCGGGGGCUGGCAGGACCCUGGCCCCAAGAUGGCGGCCCCCAGCGAAGUGGCCGCGGCAACCUCCAGCGGAGGAGAUGGCGGGGGCGGCGGUUUUGGAUCAUGGCUGGACGGACGAUUGGAAGCGUUGGGAGUGGACCGAGCCGUUUACGGCACCUACAUCCUGGGUGUCCUGCAGGAGGAGGAGGAAGAAGAGAAGCUGGACGCUCUGCAUAGUAUCCUCUCUGCCUUCCUGGAAGAAGAUUCUCUCCUUAAUAUCUGCAAGGAGAUUGUGGAGCGAUGGUCAGAAACUCAGAAUGUUGUCACCAACGUGAAAAAAGAAGAUGAGGUACAGGCCAUUGCUACCCUAAUUGAGAAGCAGGCACAGAUCGUAGUGAAGCCCAGGAUGGUGUCAGAAGAGGAGAAGCAGAGAAAAGCAGCCCUCCUGGCCCAGUAUGCUGAUGUGACAGAUGAAGAGGAUGAAGCUGAUGAGAAGGAUGAUUUGGGUGCAUCCACAAUGAACAUUGGUUCUGACAAAUCUCUCUUCCGAAACACCAAUGUGGAAGACGUCCUCAGUGCCCGAAAACUGGAACGAGACUCGCUUCGGGAUGAGUCCCAAAGGAAGAAGGAGCAGGACAAGUUGCAAAGGGAGAGGGACAAACUAGCCAGGCAGGAGCGCAAGGAAAAGGAAAAGAAAAGGACACAGAGAGGGGAGCGAAAGCGAUAACCUUGGCCCACUCUAUUCUUCUCCCCCGUGAACUUGAUCGAAGGAACUGGUCGUGCAGUGUGUAUUUAAGAGAAGUGAGAUAAUGUUGUGAAGUGGUUUCCCAAGGCAUUUUCCCUUUGUUUACAUGGUUAAAAAGAAGAUCACAGUCACUUCUAAUUAGAAAAUGUGCCAUGUUUCAGUGGUGUGGGCCAUCAGAUUAUUAUAGUUGCUGUCUUUACCAAUGAUCUGGAAUAGGGGCAGUCAUAGUUUAAUAUUGAAGUCCUGUGCUCUUUUUGGUCACUUUAAAAAGUCUUCCCUCACCUUGGAUAAAUUGCAGGAGGAUUCAGAAAGCUAACAGUCAGUUUUAAUCCUGAAGGAGCAGAAACAUGAUCCCUCCUUCCCCAAGAUGAAAUGUGGGAAUGCAAAUUGCUUUAGAGGCAGUAUUCACCCCUAAAUAUAGUAUUGGUUUAUGGCUGAAAUAGAAAGCUAAUGAAGAGUCCUUCCUGGAUUCAGAUUUUAUGUUACAUUGUAGCAAACUAGGAAAAUGGGAAGAAAUUAUUUGGGAGGUGUUCCAGAUCUGAGAAUGUUUUUUAAAGAAAAGUUUCAGCUUAUGGGAAGGAAAGAAGUAUCUUUUAAAAUAGAGAUAGUCACAUAUUUUUCCUCAUCUAGGUUGUGACUUUAAGAAGGAUGUGUCACUGUUGUAUACAAGGAUAUAAUUAUUAGCUAGAUUCAUUUUUUAUAAUCAUGAAUCCUCUUGAGUGCUUGUAGAGAUUUUAAUCCUGAUUUGCCCUAAAACAUUGGAGAAUUAAGACCUGAUAAUUCCUGGUUUAGAGAAACCGGAGGAAUCGUACUUUUAGAGAAGAAACACUGGAAAUCUCUGCUAACAUAAAGAUAUUUAAAAGUGUACAUAGUAGGUGCUCAACAAAUUUAUUAAAUGAGUGAAUGAAUGGAAAAACUGUAUGGGAGAGUCAAAAGUGACCAGGAACUCUCCAUUUCUACUUUUGCCACAAGACCAUUCAAUUGUAAAUAAGGCCCUUUUCUAUUGACUUUUAGGCAUCAGACUGUCUAGAAGUCUGAAGAAAGCAAUUUCUCUGACAAGAUAGAAAGUAGAUAUUUUAUACCAGGGGUUGGCAAACUACUGCCCACAGGCCAAAUUUGGUCCAGUCUGUUUUUGUAUGGUAUAAACAAAAAUGGUUUUUACAUUUUUAAAGGGUUAUAAAAGAAAAACUAUGUGACAGAGACCAUAUGUGGCCUGUAAAACCUAAAAUAUUUAUAUCUGGCCCUAUGGAGAAAAAGUUUGCCAACCUCUGUUUUAUACUAUUAACUAUGAGAUUAACAAAAAACUCUUACCUUUGUGCAGAAGGUUAAAAAAAAAAAAGCAUGGUAAAGGAAAAGGAGAUGAGUUACCUUUUCAUACACUCCUAUAACCAUGGCAUUGCAAAAAAAAAAAAAAAAACCCAAAACAACCUUUUAAAAAAAUAAACUUUAUUUAAAUCACUACCUUCUGACUUAUUUCAAUUUCUUCCAGCUACCCAUGGAAAUGAAUUGUGUGGAUAGCCACUUAGGAAUGUACUUAUUUUUAUUGUAUGCUUUGUUUUGGUUAGCCCUAUAACCUAUUUUCUACAAUAGAACCUCUCUUUCCUGGAACCUAUAAAUUCUCUUUCUUAAUUUUCCUUUCUGUGAAGUAGGGAUCAGAUCAGAAAGAUUGCCUUGGUUUUUUAGAACAUCAGUAAA